AUGGAGGCGAAUAUGGAACAGCUGCUUGAGAAGAUCAUGUCUGUGCAGUCAAGAAGUGACAGCGUCAACACUUCUCUAUUUGACAAAAGGGAACAUAUUGAGAAGUUACAUCGGACUUGUAAUCUUCUUCGUAAAGUUCAGUUCAUAUAUGAUCUACCCGAUAGACUAGGCAAGUGCAUCAAGUCGGAGGCAUACGCAGAUGCAGUCAAGUUUUAUACUGGAGCAAUGCCAAUUUUUAAGGCAUAUGGAGAUUCAUCUUUCCAGGAUUGUAAGCAAGCUUCUGAAGAAGCAAUAGCUAUCAUAAUAAAAAACUUGCAGGGGAAGCUAUUUUCAGAUUCUGAAUCAAUACAAGUGAGAGCUGAUGCAGCAGUGCUUCUUAAGCAGUUGGAUUUUCCGGUUAACAAUUUGAAGACCAAGUUAUUUGAAAAGUUAGAACAAUCUAUUGCAGGCAUUCAAUUGAACCCUGUAGAAAUAAGCAAUGUUUUUGGGGACUGUUCUGCUCACGAGGCAGCUAUUCAUCAAUUUGUGGAGGCAGUUUGUGCAUUUCGAGUCAUAUUUCCUGAUUCUGAUGAAGAGUUGGUUAAACUUGCUCAAGACUUGGCUACCAAGUUCGAAUAUGUAAAGUCACGGAUUGGUCCAGAAUAUCUACUUGGUGUCCUUCGAGUUAUCUGGAAUGAUGUGCUCUUGAUAGAUGAAGUCUUGCAGGAAGCGGCUCUUUCUAGCCAUUCUCUUGAGGAUGGAUCAGAGCAGUCAUCUCUUGAUGUUGUUCUUGAUGCAAGUACAAAAGCAGUUCUCCAAGGAAGCAUGAAUAUCUUGAUGGAUUUUCGCAAAAUUUUAGAUGAUGAUUCUGGGAUCUUACUUAGAUUAAGAGAGUUAAUCAUUGAUUGGGUUCAAGAAGGACUUCAAGACUUUUUUAGGCAACUAGAGGAUCAGUUCCUUCAGUUUUCAGGUAGAAGUAACCCAUCCAUUCAAGCACACGGUUUGGCAGAGGGAGCUCAAGGGGAUAAAGCUUUUACUGGCCUUGUCCUAGUGCUGGCCCAAUUGUCUGCUUUCAUUGAACAAACUGUCAUCCCAAAAGAAGUAGCUACUUCCUUUUCUGGUGGUAGCGUUAGAGGCCAUGAAUCUGGACCUGCCUUUGUUCCUGGAGAAAUAUGUCGAAAAUUUCGGUCAGCUGGUGAAAAGUUCCUGCACCUGUACGUAAAUAUGAGAACUCAGAGGGUAUCAUUUCUCCUAAAGAAGAGGUUUACCACCCCUAAUUGGGUUAAGCAUAAGGAGCCAAGAGAAGUUCAUAUGUUUGUUGAUUUGUUUCUUCAAGAGCUUGAAGUUAUAGUCAAGGAAGUGAAGCAAAUUUUACCUCAUGGUAGACGCAAGCAUCACAGAACUGAUAGUAAUGGAAGUAGUGCUUCAUCAAGGAGCAAUCCAUUACGGGAGGAGAAACUGGGUAGGUCAAAUACUCAAAGGGCAAGGAGCCAGCUUUUGGAGACGCAUCUGGCAAAAUUGUUUAAGCAGAAAGUUGAAAUUUUCACAAAAGUAGAAUAUACACAGGAGUCUGUUGUUACAACUUUGGUUAAAUUGUGCCUUAAAAGUUUUCAAGAAUUUGUCCGACUUCAAACUUUUAAUCGAAGUGGAUUUCAGCAAAUUCAAGUAGAUAUCCAGUUCCUAAGGAUCCCUUUAAGGGAAAUAGUUGAAGAUGAAGCUGCAAUCGACUUCUUGCUAGAUGAGGUGAUUGUUGCUACCGCAGAACGGUGUCUAGAUCCAGUUCCAUUGGAGCCUCCCAUAUUAGACAAACUUAUACGAGCAAAGUUGGCUAAAACCGAGGAGCAAAAUCUAAUUUCUUCAUAA